AUGCAGACUCUACGGGCAGCAACCACAGCGACGGCCAAGACUACCUCGGACAGCCGGACGACGGACAAGCCGGCGGGUAUCAUUGGAGACGGCGCACCACCGCCCGUCCGACUCACGCCAGCGUCAGGAAUCGGGUUCAACACCAACUUGCGCGACAUGCUUCUGUACGUGAACAAAAACGAAGUGAUCUACGCCAUUGGCAAAUACGUGGCGCUGCAGAACAUCCACAGCCAAAAGAUGUCAUUCUUCGAGCCACCGCCUUCCAAGGACCACGACUCGACGUCGUCGGUUCGUCUGGGGGACAUUUGCGCCUUGGCAAUCACAGUCAAACGCAACUACGUUGCGAUCGGACGGAGCGCGCACUCGAGUCUGCGGCGUACGGAGAGCUCCAUCUCAAUCUACUGCCUCAAGGCCCCGAAAGAGGGUGACGAUUCUGCCCGAUGGUCCCGUCUCACACCUAUCCGAACCCUCACGUACGACACCCACAGCUUCACGUCAGUGGCGUUUUCCCAUGAUGGCAAGUUCGUGGUCGCACAGUCGACAACGUCAGAAUGGACGUUUGCGUUGUGGGAUUGGACCCGCGCCCGCCAAGUGGCCGUGGCCGAAGCGCAUUCCAAAGUCACGCGCAUCUGCUUCAACCCUGUGGACGUGGCGCAGAUCUCAACUUCUGGCGGCGUGCAUUUGCGGCUGUGGCGACUCACAGAGCCCACGUGUCGGCCGUUCGCGACCUUCAACUCGGCCAACUCGGCCAUUCGAUAUGUGGACCACACGUGGGUGGGGACCACCGACGGCAUCGUGGCCGUGCUCGACAACGGCGACGUCCAGUUCUUUCGCAAUGGUGAGCUCCUGCGCACGAUUCCAAUGCUACACCAUGGACACGUACUGCAGUGUGUCCAGUCGUUCAAAACGAGUGUUGUGGUGGGCGGUGAUCGCGGGUGGCUGUCCGUGCUCGAAGUGGACGCUUUCAAUGGCGCCGACAUCCACAUGGUCAAACGCAUGCGAAUCGACUCCAAGGAGCCGGUGCUGGCGCUGUCCAUGGACGCAGCUGGCACGGGCUUUAUGUGUGCCACGCCCAGCUACUAUGGCGCGUAUGACUUGUCCAACUUGUGCCUCUUGCGCGAAGACGACGAAUUUGUGACUCUUAUGACGUUUACGGCGCUGCCUCGCCUGGUUUCGGUCACGACGCUGGCCACUUCCAGCCGCAAGCAUGUGGUGGCGGUCACGGGCAAGCGGUCGACGGGCGCCACUCUCGCGUGUGUGUACGGACAGGCGGACACCCGCGGCCUCUUGCACCACACGUUUGUGCACGUCGUCCCCACGUGCAUAGACUUUCACCCGUCGGGAUUUGAACUGCUCCUCAGCGUUAGUGCGCAGCUCCACAUUUACCACGUGCUGUACGAUUCGAUUCGCCUGGCGUUCGAAGUGGACGUCAAGCAUGCAUCCACGGUCGCGUACAGCGGCGGAGGCAACUACUUUGUCGCGUUGGUUGACGACAAGAGCAUCUACGUGUACCGCAACUUUGGCGGCCUCGAGCCGUCCCUCGUCGCCGUGUGUUCCGGACGGGAAGCCAACGUGUUGUGCCUCCGGUGGGGCCUGGACGACGCUCGCUUUUACAGUUCCGACGACUGCGGUGCCCUGUUGGAGUGGGGCAUGGGUUCUGACGGAUCGUUUUCCGCCACCCAAGCCACGUCCACAGGCCCGUCAACUGCUGCUUCCACAAGUGUGUACGACCGCGCGCUCGUGUUUUCGUCGCUCGCGGUGACGCGCCAUCCGUCGACCAGCCAUGCGCUUUUGGCGGCCAGCUGCACGUCAGACGCGGACGUGUCCGUGGUGCACGUGUGGUGUGACGGCCGCCUCAACACGCCGCCGUUGAAAUCUGCCGGCAUCGACGCCAAGAUCACCGUGCUCGAGUUCGGCCCCGCGUGCGUCGUGUGUGCCGGCACGGCCCACGGCAGUGUAUUGGUAUUUUCGUGGGAAGCGUCGGGUGGUGGGUUGAGUGUGCUGUCGGCAACUCCCGCCUGGUUUGAUUUGAGCGUGGCGUCCAUCUUGUCGUUGCGGAGUUGCUUGAACGACCGCGUGCUGCUGGCCGCCACCGUCGACGGGACUGUGAUAUCGUACACGGUGGACAUCCCCGCGCCAAGCCCGCGCUUUCACGCGGACACUCUGCUUCCUGCACACACCAAAGCGUUGCAUGUAUUGCAAGCCGCGCCCGAAACGCAGUUUUCCGCGGCCUUGGUCACGGACGACUUGUGUUUGGUGGAUCGAGCGAGUGUGGCGGAGCGCAGCCUGCGCAUCACCGACUUGGAGACGGAAAAGGAACAGCUCAAGAUGGAGAAGGAAAUCCUGUCCAAGCUCAGCGCCGACCAAUUGAGCUUGCUUGACCGCGAGCGGCAAUCAGAGCUUCGACAGGCCAAGGCGGCGUGGGAAGCCAAGAUGAAGGCCGUGGAGGGGGACAUGCACACCAAGUCACACGACGCACACACGGCUAUGUUGGAAAUGAAACAAGAGCACGAACGGAGCUUGCAGACAAUGCAGAGCAUCUUCACGACCAAGUUGAGCGCUAUGACCGACGUGUGUCGACAGCUGGAGCGACAGGUGGUAACUGAGAGGCAGCGGGUGGACGAUGCCCGAUUUGGCGGAGAUGAGAGGCAGAUGGUGCUGCGAGGCGAGUGGGAGGCGGCGAUGGCGUCGACAGUCGCUACAUACGAUGCCAAAGUGGCGGCGCUGACUCACUCGUUGGACAGAAAGCAGAAAGAAUACGACGAACUGUUGUCGCAAAUGAAUGACGACUCGCUCAUUCACUUGGGUGCGAUGCAAGCGGCGGUGGACAAUGGAAAAGCGGCCCAAGUAUCGCAGCAGGAAGAGACCAAAGCGAAGAUUUCGAGUCUGCAGCAGCAACUGCGCAUGAUGCUGAAUGCAUUGACGACGAAAGACGACCGCGUCAAACAAGCCACUUUGGAAGCGAACCGGUUGCAUUUGGCCGUGGACGCUUUGAACUACGAGAUCGCCCUGGAGCGAAAGACCGCAGCCAAGGCGGUGGCCGCGUGCUCGGUAUUGGAGGCUCGCGUUGCCGACCAAGCGCGGCAGAUUGAAGGGCUGGACGAGAUGAAUAAUGCCAGGCUGUGCAAGCUGAAAACGAUGCAGUCAGCCAUAGCCACAAAGGAGCAGGAUAUCCACGGCAUGCGCCGGUUUGUGGAGGAGCUGCACGCGGAGAACAGCGCCGUGGUCGAAGAUGCCAAUGAGAUGGACGAGGCGCACGGGCAGAUGAAGCGCAGGGUGGCGUUCUUUGAGCGGUCGGUGACCGAGUUGAAGCGGCAGCUGGUGGACGCCAAGGCGGUGACGACGGCGUGCUGUCGGGACUUGGGCAUUCUCAUCGAGCGCGAGCAGCACGGCACCCGCGUGAGUAUCGACGACAUUGUGAAAUUGUACCACAAGUACGAUUUCCGCACAAACAACAACCGCGUGGUGCGGCGGGAGAUGGCGUCGGAUGAGGCGGUGAUCCAGGAGCUGACGAGGCAGAACAAAUGUGUCGAGGACCAGCAGCGCAAACUUCGCACGCGGCUGGACGCAAUGACCCAUGAGCGACAAAAGCUCGUGUCGGUCUUUUCGACAGAUAACACCAAGCUACUUCAAGAACUCAACGUGAUGGCCCAGCGAAACCAUGAGCUACAGGUGCGGAAUGGAGUGUUGGAAGCCGACGCAGCCAAGCGUCUUCGAAAGGGCGGGGGAGUUGAGGGUCGAGGGGGGAUGCAGGCGUCGCAGAGCCUGCCGGAUCUACCAGUCGUCCCUGCUACGGGAGAAUCGGAAGCGUCCAACCAAGUGGAGCCGACCACGACGACUGUAGUCGAUGACCAAGGGCCACGCAUUUACAUUCCUUGCGGUGUAAGUGUGGGCGCCGGUCCUCAAAAAGCCAAAGAUCUGUCGCCGUUGAAGCCCCUCCAACGGCCCCGCAGUAGCAAACCGAAGCAGACAACUCAACCGCGACCAGUCAAUUCAAUGGCUCAAACCAAACUGUACGCAAGACGUCGCCCCCAGUCGGCCCACCCAACCAAGUCCUACUAACACUGGAAAACCCGACCUUGGGAUUCUGCUAGGAAAAAUGUACUCGCAAUUGAAAUGUCUGGAAUGCUCA